AUGGAGAGCCUGGUGUCUGACGAGUCCAGUGACGGCUCUGACCCAGAGUCACCUGACUCCACCCUGGCCUCUCUCUCUCUCAGUCUGACGGGCUCGUACGCCCAGUUACCCUGUCCUCAGCCGAGCCGUAGCCCUGACACACACCGAGCUCGGAGACCGCGAACACACACCGCCGGAAACAUCCUCAUCUCUCGACCCGUCAGCGAGUGUGAGCUCAGAGCGAGUGCAUCUGAAUAUCAGUCUGAAAGUGGGGAGAAUAAACCGUGUUUAAUGGAGAGAUCCGGUUCUACAGCGGCGUCUCCUGCCCCCUCUGGUGCCGAACGGAACUGCAGCGGCUCAGAGGCCAGUGACGGACAGCUGUCAAUCAUCACCUCCACACCCAGCAGUCUCAGGUCAGAUGCAGCACGAGCCGGACCGGCCCGACGUUCACCUCCAGCGCCGCUCAACCGCUCCUAUGAUGUGGAAAACCCCUCGCCAUCUCUGAACAGACCUCAGAUCAGUGUGACUGACCAGACUGCAGUUGAGCAGCAGAUUCAUGCUUUAAAGCGUUUAGAGAGAGAACAAACUCAUCAGAUCUCUGAGCUCCUCGCAGCACAGGAGAGACAAACACAGGAGCUCCAGAGGAAGCUGAAGGAACAGAGCAGGAAGAGCAUGAUGUCAUCAGCUCCUCAGAUCAACACGAGACAGGAUGUGUGUGUGGAGCCGACGAAGCCUCUCUGUCGUCUUACCGCCGUGGCUCGAGGGUUUCUUACACGCAGGCUUUUACACACGGAGAAAAUCUCACACCUGCGUAAAACAGUACAGGACUCCAGAGCGUUCAUCCACCAGCUGAAGACCAUCUCCGUCUCCCAUCAGGACCUGACGCUGCAGCAGCGAGUCACAGCGCAGCUGCGGUCAGCGCUGCAGGACGUCCAUCAGAUCUUCUUCAUCUGGCCUUUGAGAGACAGACUUCAUCUAAUGCAGCAGGACAGAGAGAGACGCAGAGAGAGGACGCUCAGAGAGAUGAAGACCGACAGUGCUGGAAACACACGGACUCUGUCCUCGGCCACUCAGAAGACGCUGGACAGGAAAGGUCAAAGGAUCCUGCAGUCUCGUCUCAGGCCGAACACGAGCUGCUCCCCUCAGAGUGCGCUGAAGAAGAGAGACGGGUGUGUGGGAGCGAGACAGCACUCACUGCAGAGGAAGUAUCUGUCUCUGGGAUAAACACACACACACACACACGGAUGAUCACUGAUACUCGUCUUCACAUCACUGUAAUCGUUCACUUCACAUGGCUAAACUGCUUCAAAAGUUCACUG